GACAAAAUGUGGGGCCCCGGUCCCUUGAAGUUCGACCAGUCUCUUGCUCUGAGUGAGGAGCAAGGCACCCGUAGUUCCCCUCCAGGGGCACGCAGAGGAGAGAAAAGCGACCAAGAUAAGAGUGGACAGAGGAAAAAGCGAGACAUGUUCUCCAUGAAACAGUCCCCUGCCCUCGCUCCCGACGAGCGCUACCGCGGAGCCGGGGCCCGGAAGCGGGUCUUGGGAGCUGAUGAAGAUAAUAGGGGUGAUGGCUGCUCUCAGCAGCUGGCGACGGCUCAUAUUCUCCGUUUCCUGUUGCUGGUUCUGAUCCCCUGUAUUUGUGCUCUCAUUGUCCUGCUGGUCAUCCUGCUUUCCUUUGUUGGAACAUUACAAAAAGCCUAUUUUAAACCAAAUGGGAGUGAACCUAUGGCCACUGAUGGUGAAGUUCAAGUCCCUGAUGUUAUCUUUGCAAAUACAAUUUACCACGAGAGCACUGUGACAUCUACUACACACACCGACCAACACAUUCCAGCUUGGACCACAGAUGCUUCUCUCCCAGGGGACCAAGGUCACAGGAACAAAAGUGCCUGCAUGAACAUCACCCACAGCCAAUGUCAGAUGCUGCCCUACCAUACCACGCCAACAACUCUCUUCUCAAUUGUCAAAAACAUGGAAAUGGAGACGUUCCUCAAAUUCUUCAUGUACCUCCAUCGCCUCAGUUGCUAUCAACAUAUCAUGCUUUUUGGCUGUAGCCUUGCCUUCCCUGAAUGCAUUGGUGACGGUGAUGACAGUCACGGACUCCUGCCCUGCUGGUCCUUCUGUGAGGCUGCGAAGGAGGGCUGUGAAUCGGUCCUGGGGAUGGUGAACGCCUCCUGGCCCAAUUUCCUCCAAUGCUCGCAGUUUAGAAACCAAACUGAAAGCAGCAACGUCAGCAGGAGUUGCUUCUCACCAGAGCAGGAAAAAGGAAAGCAAUUGCUCUGUGGCGGGGGUGACAGCUUUCUGUGUGGCAGUGGCAUCUGCGUCCCCAGGAAACUGCAGUGUAACGGCUACAACGACUGCGACGACUGGAGUGAUGAAGCUCAUUGCAAUUGCAGCGAGAAUCUGUUUCACUGCCACACGGGCAAGUGUCUUAAUUAUAGCCUUGUGUGUGAUGGAUAUGAUGACUGUGGGGACCUGAGUGAUGAACAAAACUGUGAUUGCAGUCCCACCAAGGAGCAUCGCUGUGGAGAUGGGCGCUGCAUCGCGAUAGAGUGGGUGUGUGACGGUGACCAUGACUGCUUGGAUAAGUCGGACGAGGUCAAUUGCUCCUGUCACAGCCAGGGGCUGGUGGAGUGCAGAAGCGGCCAGUGCAUCCCCAGCACUUUCCGCUGCGACGGAGACGAGGACUGCAAGGACGGCAGCGACGAGGAGAACUGCAGUUACAGUCAGACUCCAUGUCAAGAAGGCGACCAAACAUGCCUCUACAAUUCCUGCCUUGAUUCAUGUGGUGGUAGCUCUCUUUGUGACCCCAGCAACAGGCUGAAUAACUGUAGUCAAUGUGAACCAAUUACAUUGGAACUCUGCAUGAAUUUGCCCUACAACCACACACAUUAUCCAAAUUACCUUGGCCACAGGACUCAGAAGGAAGCAUCCAUCAGCUGGGAGUCCUCUCUUUUCCCUGCACUUGUUCAAACCAACUGUUACAAAUAUCUCAUGUUUUUUGCCUGCACCAUUUUGGUACCGAAGUGUGAUGUGAAUACAAACCAACGAAUCCCCCCUUGCAGAGCACUGUGUGAACACUCCAAAGAACGCUGUGAGUCUGUUCUUGGGAUUGUGGGUCUACAGUGGCCUGAAGACACAGAUUGCAAUCAGUUUCCAGUAGAAAAUUCAGACAAUCAAACCUGCCUAAUGCCUGACGACGAUGUGGAAGAAUGCUCACCCAGUCACUUCAAGUGUGGCUCAGGACGGUGUGUUCUGGCUUCCAGAAGAUGUGAUGGUGAGCCCGACUGUGACGAUGACAGUGAUGAAGCAAACUGUGGCUGUAAAGAGAGAGACCUUUGGGAGUGUCCAUCCAAUAAACAGUGUUUGAAGAGCACAGCCAUCUGUGAUGGGUUCCCCGACUGCCCUGAUAAUAUGGACGAAAACAACUGCUCAUUUUGCCAAGAGGAUGAACUGAAAUGUGCAAACCACGAGUGUGUGUCACGUGACCAGUGGUGCGACGGGAGAGCCGAGUGCCUCGACGGUUCAGAUGAGUGGGACUGUGUGACCCUCUCUAAAAAUGUGAACUCCUCUUCAUUCCUGACUGUUCACAGAUCUGCCACAGAGCACCACGUGUGUGCGGACGGCUGGCAGGAGACCUUGAGUCAGCUGGCCUGCAGGCAGAUGGGUUUAGGAGAACCAUCUGUGACUGAAUUAAUACAGGAACAGGGGCAAGAUCAGGAGUGGCUGACGUUACCCUCGAACUGGGAGAUCCUCAAUGGGACCACGUUGCAUGAACUGCUGGUAAAAGGGCAGUCCUGUCACAGCAGAAGUAAGAUUUCCCUUCUGUGCACUAAACAAGACUGUGGGCGCCGCCCUGCUGCCCGAAUGAACAAGAGGAUCCUCGGGGGUCGGACGAGUCGCCCCGGAAGGUGGCCCUGGCAGUGUUCCCUGCAGAGUGAGCCCAGUGGGCACAUCUGUGGCUGUGUGCUCAUUGCCAAGAAGUGGGUUCUGACAGUCGCCCACUGCUUCGAGGGGAGAGAGAACGCCGCGGUUUGGAAGGUGGUGUUUGGCAUCAACAAUCUAGACCACCCCUCGACAUUCAUGCAGACGCGCCUCGUGAGGACCAUCAUCCUGCACCCGCGCUACAGUCGGGCAGUGGUGGACUAUGACAUCAGCGUAGUGGAGCUAAGUGAAGACAUCAAUGAGACCAGCUACGUGCGGCCGGUCUGCCUACCCAGCACGGAGCAGUCGUUAGAACCUGACACGUACUGCUACAUCACAGGCUGGGGGCACAUGGGCAACAAAAUGCCUUUCAAGCUGCAGGAGGGAGAAGUCCGUGUCAUUUCCCUGGAGCAGUGCCAGUCCUACUUUGACAUGAAGACCAUCACCACGCGGAUGAUCUGUGCUGGCUACGAGUCUGGCACAGUCGACUCGUGCAUGGGUGACAGCGGAGGACCUCUUGUUUGUGAACAGCCUGGAGGACAGUGGACAUUAUUUGGUUUAACUUCAUGGGGCUCCGUCUGCUUUUCCAAAGUCCUGGGGCCAGGAGUUUAUAGCAAUGUGUCAUACUUCCUUGAAUGGAUUGAGAGACAAAUAUACACUCACACCUUUCUCCUAAACUAAUUCCAAAGAUGAUCAAAGACUUCGCCAGCGAUACUCAAAGGAAAUGGCCU